AUGGAAUGGGGUUGGGCUUCCGGGGUCCCCCUCCCUUUCCUGCUCCUGUAGGCCUCCAAGCAGGAGUGCUCUUGGAAUUAAGGUGCCCCAGGCUCCCAACAGCUUGGAAAGGCCCCACCUUAGCUGGCAUCCCCUUCCACUGGCAAAAAACCACAGUGUUGUGAUCUUCCUGAGAGCCUAGGGAGGUCUGAGUCGGGGUUUCUUGAUUUGCUUUUCCUACUUUCUUAGGAUGAAACUCCAAAUCCUUGUCUUUAGAUCUUUUUCGUUUCUCUAGAAGCAUUUAAUGCUGUAAAUGUCCCACCAAACACUGCUUAACUGCCUCCUGCAUGCUUGCCUAGUUUUGUUAUCAUUCAGUUUAAACUAUUUCUACUUGUUCCUGUUUGGGUUUUGAACCAUCAGUUCAAGUGGCUUAUUUAAUUUCCCAGUAUUUGGAGCUUGUGUAAAAUCUUACAGUUAUGCUGGUUUCUAACUUAAGUCUAUCGUGGUCAGAGAAUACAUUCCAUCUGAUUUUGAGCCUUUGCAUGGACUGAGACUUGCUUGAGAGCCCAUACAGUAGUGUGGUCUACCUUGCUGUAUCGUCCUGGUGCCCUUAAAAACAAGGGCAUUGGGUGGGUUGUCCUACAGACAUCAACUAGAUCAAGAGAGUGGGUACCCAAGUGUUUCAUCUUUUAUGUCUUCCCUGGGUUUUCUCUGGUUUUCUAUCACUCGCUGAGAGAGGCCGUUACUCUCUCCUGUGCUGACUGGGAAACUGUGUCUUUGACCCUUUCUUUCUGUCCAUCUUUGCUUCAUGUCUUUUCAGGCUCUAUUAGAUGGAUACACAUUGGUGUUACGUCCAUGUGAAUUGGUCCUUGUCUCGUGAUGAGAUGUUUCUGUUUACCCCUAGUAAUCAUCUCUGGAAGUCCUGAUGUUCAAUGCCAGAUGAUAUGUUGAUUGUAUCUGAAUAAACCUGGAAAAUGAAAUGAAAUAGCCACACUAGCCUUCUUAUGCUUACUGUCUCCAUGCCAUAUCUUUUUUUCAUUCAUUUCUUUUUCAGCUUAGGUAUGUCUUUAUAUGUAAAGUGGUCUUCUGAAUGCAACAUGCAAUAGGGUUUUCUUUUCUUAUCCUCUCUCUCUGAGUGCACCACCCCGAAGGACAAGCCAUUGUCAGGACAGAAGAAGGCAGCCAUUGCAAGGAAGGGAGAUGGCCCUUACUGAGAAGCGAUCAUGCUGCCACCCUGAGCUUGGCCGUGGGGCUCCAGAACUGUGAGAAAUAAGUCCUUGCUGUUCAGACAGUGCCCCCACUCCGCUCCCCUCCGUGGUAUUUUGUUUUAUCAGUCUGAGCUAAGACAACCGGAAAGGUCAGGGCUGAAAACUCAGAUUGGGGUCAUAGGAGGCAUAUAGGGAGGAGGCCAAGAUGGAGAAGACAGACAGACUCUGGCCGCUUCCGUACUUAGUGGUGAGGCAGACAGAGACAGGCAGUGGGGUGGGAGGGAAAGCAGGAGGGUAUGGUGUCUUGAAAGCCAAAGGAAGGGGGAUUUCAUCAAAGGAGCAGCUUGGUCUGCUGGGUCAGAGCAGAUGAAGAUUGGACGAGGAGGUGCUAGAGGUGGCCAAGGCAACGAUGGGGUUUGGAGUAGGAAGGCCUUUACUGUCCUUGACAAGCGCAAGUUCAGUGUUCUGGUGGUGACAACCACAUAAAACUCUGGGAAGUUUUGCAGACUUGGUAGAGCAAGGAAGUCAGACGGUAGGCAGAGGGGAAUGGUAGUAUUAUAAAAGAUCUAGAUAUCCAAAAAGAUAGAAGAAUAACCAGAAAAGAUUAAAAUAGCGCCCCCACGUGGUACUCACAGACAAGUAAGGGGACAGCACUAUGGGGGCAGUGCAAGGCCUCAGGGUACCCUUGAAAAGAGAAUCUUCAGUACUGGGGGUGGAGGCACCCAUUGAUCUGAAUUCCGUUUUUCCUCCCGUCUCUGGUUUCUUUUGCGUUUACAUUGGAAUCAGUUCCUGAGCAUAUAUUAGUUGCAUAUUAAUCAGCAUUACCUAAUGGGAUCAUGUAGCAGAUUUUCUUCUACAGGCUCUAGUAGUGAGCGCCAUUCAGUUUGAUUUAACUCCAAAAAACGACCUCCAGGCAUGUGUGCUGGGCAAGGCUUAAGAUGGCACCCUGAAGAGCUUGAAAGUGGUAGCUGCUCUAGGGUUCCCCUGCCUCUCAAGGGACUCUACAGUUGAGUCCCCAACAGGGCCCCCAGCAGGGAGGAGUCCCCUGGCAGGGGUGGAGCGCCCUCGGGCCCUGUGGCCCAGGCUAGGUGUCUGAUGGCGGGGUAGGCGCUCCCACUGCGGCGGACCCUUCCAGCCCAACCCCUGCGCGGCAGGCGCGGACCUCCUUAGAGCGCCCCGGGGCGGGGCCGGCGCCGCUGGCCAGUGAGCGAGCCGGGAGCGCGCCCGCUCCGCCCCGCGGUGUCCGGCCCCUCCCCCCAUCCCCCUAGGCAAGGCUGCGGAGGCGCCUGGACCCUGAUACCUGCCCCGCCACCCUCUCGGCUCCAUGGCCGCUCCCGCUCCCCUGCGUGACUGCCAGGCGUGGAAGGAUGCGGGGCUCCCACUCUCAACCACAAGCAACGAGGCCUGCAAGCUGUUCGAUGCUACCCUGACCCAGUAUGUCAAAUGGACCAACGACAGAAGUCUUGGUGGCAUUGAGGGCUGCCUGUCGAAGCUCCAAGCCGCGGAUCCAACCUUCGCUAUGGGUCACGCCAUUGCCAAUGGCCUCGUGCUGAUCGGCACUGGAAGCUCCGUGCGGCUGGACAGGGAGCUGGAUCAGGCCGUGAAGACAAUGGUGGAGGUUUCCCAAACACAGCCGCUGACGCAGCGGGAGCGGCUACAUGUGUCUGCGGUGGAGACCUUUGCCAAGGGGAACUUUUCCAGAGCCUGUGAACUAUGGGAACAGAUCCUCUGGGACCACCCAACAGACAUGUUAGCCCUAAAAUUUUCCCACGAUGCCUAUUUUUACCUGGGCUACCAGGAGCAGAUGCGAGAUUCUGUGGCCCGAAUUUACCCCUUCUGGACACCCAGCAUCCCCCUGAGCAGCUACGUGAAAGGCAUCUAUUCAUUUGGAUUGAUGGAAACCAACUUCUAUGACAAGGCAGAGAAGCUGGCCAAAGAGGCUUUGUCUAUCAACCCCACAGACGCGUGGUCAGUGCACACCAUUGCUCACAUUCACGAGAUGAAGGCAGAAAUCAAGGACGGAGUAGAGUUUAUGCAGUCCUCAGAAGCCCACUGGAAGGACUCCGAUAUGCUUGCUUGUCACAAUUAUUGGCACUGGGCUCUGUAUCUGAUUGAGAAGGGCGAAUACGAGGCCGCCUUGACCAUCUACGAUAACCAUGUCUUCCCCAGCUUGAAGGCCAGCGGGGCGAUGCUGGACGUGGUGGACAGCUGUUCCAUGCUGUACCGGCUGCAGAUGGAAGGGGUGUCUGUGGGUGAGCGGUGGCAGGAGGUCCUGCCUAUAACCCAGAAGCACAGCCGGGACCACAUCCUGCUCUUCAACGACGCACACUUCCUGAUGGCAUCCCUGGGAGCUCGGGACUCCGGGACCACCCAGGAGCUCCUGACCACCCUGCAGGAUGCCAGCAAGUGUGUGCCCCCACCAGCUAUAUCACGCCAGGACAUGGCUAUUCUCCUAGGAGCCAGAGUUGCCUUUCCAUCGCCCUGCUGGGGGUGGAAGCCUCAGUGCCAUGGGUGCCGCCUCCCACAGGGGGCACGGUGAGGCUCUGCAACCAGAAAUCCUUGCUGCAUACCUUCUGAGAUCCUGGACAAAGUGCUUCUCUGUUCUGAGCCUCAGUCUUUUUAUCUGCCAACUGGGGACAGUGCCUGCUGAGGCAGACUGGCCAGAGAGGGAGGUGCGGUGGUGUGGCCACACAGCCCCCUGGCCUGGUUCCUGCCAUGGGUGGGAGCCAGUUUCCGUCCCAGGAGAGGCCAGGGAAGCAGCCACCCUUCGGUCUCCCCCCCACCCCCGGAGGGCUGGAGCUGUGGGAGCCAGGACCCCUGGUGCUGUCCUGGGGGCAGUGCUUCAGCUGGCCACCAACCCAGCUGCCUGCCCGUCCCCUCCCCCAAGAGCUGAGCUGCAGGAUCCAUGGGCCUCCACUGGGGAGGCAGCUUCAGGCAAGGUGUCUGCAGCUCAGCGGCGGUCAUGUCAGCCCGGGAAGGACUGGGGAGCCCACCGGGCACUCCAAGAUCUGAUUCUUUCUUUUUAUUUUAUUUUUUUUCAAGAUUUUAUUUAUUUAUUUGACACACACACACACAAAGAGCCAGUGAGAGAGAGAAGACAAGCAGGGGGAGUGGAAGAGGGAGAAGCAGGCUUCCCACCAAGCAGGGAGCCUGAUGCGGGGCUCUAUCCCAGAGCCCUGGGAUAAUGACCUGAGCCGAAGGCAGAUGCUUAGUGACUGAGCCACCAGGCCCCCCUAAUUCUUUCUUUUAAGACAGGCUUGGAGCAGGCUGCUGCCACCAUGCCCACUGUCCCCAUGACCCAGCUCAACCCCCACCUGUGGGCCAGCAGAGACAUGGACCGUGACAGCCGUGUGCCCCAGUGUGGGGGCCAACUUCAGCACUGGGCUUUAUCUGCACAGUGUGCAAUCCUGACGGCCCUGUGAGGUUGGCACUGUACCCACUUCACAGAUGAGCAAACUGAGGCCAGAUGUUGGGGGACCUGCCCGAGGUCCCCCAACAGCACAGUCCAACCCUGUGGAAAGGGCUGUUCAAGCCAGGGUUGAGAACCCUGUUCUCCCCCUUCCCGCCCGCUUCUCCCCUGUCAGCACCCCUGACUCAAGCACCUGCUGUGUCGGGCACAGAGCCAGGAAUGCUGGGCUGAGGAAGAGCGGCCCAUUCCCUCAGGACACCUGAGUCAGGCAGUGUAAGGUGUCCUGCC